AUGACCACUGCGGCAGCCGCCUGCAGCUUGCUGUUGCUGCAGCUGUGCGGUUGCGUCGCCGUCGCGGCGGCUCUGCCCAUGAAGGGCGGCGGCGGCGGCGAGGGCGCCUACUUGAGGUACAAGGACCCGAAGCAGCCGCUGAGCACGCGGAUCGACGACCUGCUGCGGCGGAUGACGUUGGCGGAGAAGAUCGGGCAGAUGUCGCAGAUCGAGCGGGAGAACGCCACCGCCAACGUCGUCAACAAGUACCUCAUAGGCAGCGUGCUCAGCGGCGGCGGCAGCGUGCCGGCGAAGAACGCGCCGCCGGAGGCGUGGGUGAAGAUGGUGAACGGGAUGCAGAGCGGCGCACUGUCGACGCGCCUCGGGAUCCCCAUCAUCUACGGCAUCGACGCCGUCCACGGCCACGGCAACGUCUACAAGGCCACCAUCUUCCCACACAACAUCGGACUCGGCUGCACCAGGGACCCAGAGCUAGCACAGAGGAUUGGAGCUGCUGUAGCUCUGGAGGUCAGGGCCACCGGCAUCCCCUACGUCUUCGCUCCUUGCGUCGCGGUGUGCAGAGACCCUCGGUGGGGGCGGUGCUACGAGAGCUUCAGCGAGCACCCGGGGGUGGUCCGGAACAUGACCUCCAUCAUCUCCGGGUUCCAGGGCGAGAUCCCGGCGAGCGGCGGCCGCCCCGGCGCGCCAUACGUCGCCGGGCAGCGCAACGUGGCGGCGUGCUCCAAGCACUACGUCGGCGACGGCGGCACCACCAAGGGCUUGAACGAGGGCAACACGGUGGCGUCCUUCCACGAGCUGAUGGCCGUGCACAUGCCGCCCUACUACAACGCCGUCAUCCGGGGCGUCUCCACCGUCAUGGUCUCCUUCUCCAGCUGGAACGGCGUCAAGAUGCACGCCAACCACUUCCUCGUCACCGACCACCUCAAGAACAGGCUCCGCUUUAGGGGCUUCAUCAUCUCGGAUUGGCAAGGGCUUGACAGGAUCACGACCCCAGAUCACGCUGACUACCUUCUGUCCAUCAAGCUGGGCAUCCUCGCCGGAAUUGACAUGGUGAUGAUCCCCUACACGUACACGGAGUUCAUCGACGACCUCACGUUGCUGGUGCAGAACGGCACCAUCCCGAUGAGCCGCAUCGACGACGCCGUCCGCCGUAUCCUCCGGGUCAAAUUCACCAUGGGUCUCUUCGAGAACCCCUACGCCGACACCAGCCUCGUCGGGGAGCUCGGCAAGCAGGAGCACCGCGACCUGGCGCGCGAGGCCGUGCGCAAGUCCCUCGUCCUCCUCAAGAACGGCAAGCCCGGCGCCAAGCCGAUGCUGCCGCUUCCCAAGAAGCUCUCCUACGGCGGCAGCGUCCUGGUCGCCGGCAGCCACGCUGACGAUCUCGGCAGCCAGUGCGGCGGCUGGACCAUCACCUGGCAGGGCCUCACGGGGAACAACCUCACCGCCGGGACCACCAUCCUCGACGGCAUCCUGCGCGCCGUCGCCCCCGGCACCAACGUCGUCUACUCCAAGAACCCCGACGCGGACUUCGUCCAGCAGAACAAGCCCCUGUUCGACUACGCCAUCGUCGUCGUCGGCGAGCCUCCCUACGCCGAGACGUUCGGCGACAACCUGAACCUGACCAUCCCAGCCCCCGGGCCGGACAUCAUCCAGAAUGUUUGCGGCAGCAUCAGGUGCGUCGUGGUGCUCGUCUCCGGGAGGCCGCUGGUGGUUGAGCCGUUCAUCCAUAUCAUCGACGCGCUGGUGGCGGCGUGGCUGCCGGGGACGGAGGGGCAGGGCGUCAGCGACGUGCUGUUCGGCGACUACGGGUUCACGGGGAAGCUGUCGAGGACGUGGUUCCGCUCGGUGGAUCAGCUGCCAAUGAACGUCGGUGACGCGCACUACGAUCCAUUGUUCCCGUUUGGCUUCGGCCUCCAGACACAGCCGUCCACAUAUUAG